UUGAGAUUAAUUAAUGGUUGCUCUCUCGUAUAAUACGAUAUCCGGGUUUCUGGAUAAUUCUUGUGGUAGGUGUUGUGGGUUGAAGCAGCUAUGGUAUCGCAAGUAGCAUCGGUUCCAAGAAGUUUGGAAUCUUUGCCCACGAGACCGCCAACACCACCGCGAGAGAAGAAACAAGACGUCCCUUCAUCAUCAAAGCAGAUCCUCUCAAGUCAACCUAUAGAUACUCGACUAAACCUUCAUACACCCCCGAACUACACUUCAGAUAUCGCCGAUCCUUCAAACGUCAGCUCCCGAAGAUCGAGGAAGAAGGUCGGAUUUUUGUCACAAGCCGAGUAUCGCGAGGCUCCAACCUAUGCUGGCAAGGAAAAUGUUCGAAAGCAAGCUACACCCGCAUCCGCUCUCUCAUCGGUGAAUUCCGUUAAACCCGUCAAAUCCAUCCUCAAGCAAACCUCAAGCCCCAUACUGCGUAACUCUCUAGAACUUCUAGCUUCCGGCGACGAGGGGAUCGGGCAAAUUAACAUCGUCACCAUGUUAGAUUCCACCAUUAAACAGUUAGCCGGCGCGGAUCGGGAUUCCAAGAUCGAUGCGUAUACAAUGUUGGCGCGAGCGUUGAAAGCGUCGAAUAACUUGCCCGAUCGAAUCGCACUUCACGACAAGAUGAGCCUGUUUAUGCAAUUUAUUCAACGAGAUGUCACCACAAAGGACUCGAGCGGGACGAUCGAUUCGUCCAUGGUGAACCACGCCCUCACACUUCUCUGCACCUUUUUUCAUUUCCCCGCCAUCGCAUCGACCUUAUCAUCCGACUUCGGCAUAUUUAUCAUCGAUCAUUGUAUCAAAUCUUUCGACGACCCUUUAAUACCUAAGGACGUAAUUAGACAUCUGAUGCAAGUUGUGGCCUGCCAGGAUUUUUCUGGGAAGGUUAUGACGGCGGAUCGUGUCGGUCGACUCAUAACUACUCUCCAUAAGAUCGAAGAGCAUAUCAAGGGCAAAAGCAUUAUCAUGUCUCGCAUAUUGAUAUAUCGAAGAUUAGUCAAGCAAGCAAAAUCUCAAAUGGCUACACAUUCAGAUUGGCUUUUAGAUCUGUUCACCGACAUGCUUAGUAGCUUGAAAGAGAUCCGUCUCUCUGCCAUCGCACUAGGUCUAGAGGCUAGUUUCGCAGUUGGGAAAGAAAAGCAACUAUCCAGAAGAGUAAUGGAAAUACUUCAAUUACAGGUCGAGGAGACACGGUAUAUUGAGUAUUACAUGGAAAGAUUGAUGAGUAUGACGAAAGAUAAAACUGAAUCCGCCUCUGUCCCUCAAGUCUGGAGCGUCAUCAUCCUUCUCCUUCGAUGUCCAGUUGACCGAUGGGAAUUUUUCACUCCGUUUCUCGAGAUCAUUCAACGUUGUUUCAAUAGCGGAGACUAUCACACCAAGCUUGAGGCCAACUAUGCAUGGAACCGCCUGGUAUACUGCCUACAUUUCAACGAGUCUUCAUUUUCGAAGACUAUCGGAACCAUCUGCCAACCUUUCCUCAGUCAGUUGCGAAGGAAAGGUGGAAACAAGCAAGCAGAUGAAAUACGGAAAGUAGUCGUGGCUGGUGUUUGCAAUCUCUACUACUAUGCAUUCGGGCCAAACUCAAGCGCUACGCGGAUCGAAAGUUACUGGAAUAUAUGCGUUCAGCCUUUAAUAUUACAGCUAACUCCUCUCAAAGUGGACGGCAAGUCCGUAGACAAGACUGCUCCUAUACCCCCGGAGAACCUAACUCAAUCCAUUUUAAUGUUGACCAGCUUAUUCAAUUCCUCAACAGCUCGAUUAUGGAAAGAAGAUCGAGUUGCCGAGAAUACACUGAUUAGGCCUGACGAAUUACCCGCGUUGGAUCCAAAGUGGGUCAGACGAAACGCGAAAAGAGUAUUUGAUAUCGUAGAACCCAUCCUAAAGAGUACAUUUCUGGAACUUGCCAACCCAGAAUCACCUUCUUGCCGACUCUGGCGAGCCCUUGUCGGCGCCGUGGCGACUGCCGCAUCCAAGGAGGUGAAGGUAUCCUCCGAAACGGCCACCUUCAUGGCACAGUCUUUCAAUACUUUGGUUUCGAUAUGGUCUAAUGGACUUGGGCAACCGGAUGUCGAGCCCGACUCCCAGCAAAAAUUCCUAGACGCAACACAAACAUACAUUUCGACGAUGGCCGAAUCACUAGGCGUAUUGCCUUUCACUGAGAAGCUGCUCUCGUUACAGAAUUCACAAAACGAGAAGUCGUUCAAGCUCGUUGCUACACCUUCAAAUCGCUCGGGGAAAAGCCAAGGCCUUGUCCGAACUCCUCUUCACCAUUUGUUUUCCAUGCUCUCCACGCUACCUCCCGGGGUCCCAGAUAAUGAUGGAUUAUUGAACCUAAUCAGGGUUGUUUUCGACCCCUUCAUACUCUCCCGACCAUCUUCCAAUGGAAAAGUUGACUUGGCACGGGAGUUGAUGCAGACAUUACCGGGAGAUGUCUCUUGUUCCUAUGGGUCAUGGGUCUUCAUAUCCGACAUUCUCUCUCUAUCUCUAGAAAGCAGCCAAUCCAGUUACCAGACCAAUACUUCCAGCAGCCAACCAACGACGAUCGGUCACGAAUAUCGUGAGAUCGUCAAACAUCUCGAAAGGGGUAUUAAAUCAACACCCAAUUUACCUUGGGAACAGUGGCAUUCUCUUUUUCAACUAUUGGUUACUCGAGUUACGUAUGAAGCAGGCGAGGCUGGAUGUGCUAUCAUGAUAGUGGAACCAUUUGCUAAGAGCCUUUGGGAGUUCACUUCAUCAUGCGAAGAUGCCAUGCCAUAUAACCUAUUCAAAACUAGUAUCGAGUUGGUAGCCGCCGCAAGGCAACCCCGUGACCGACAGGCACUCGAUGCCGCCCGACGGCGUCUCUGGGGAACAUCGAUUGCUGGGUCGCGAUCUGCUUCUUUCGACCCCUUUGACAAUUUUUACCGUCUCACGAACCACCUACUAAGGAUCGCAUAUCUUCACUUCGUGCAAUACGAUGAAAAUGAGAUUAUAGCACCUUUACUCACAGAAAUUACUAGCUUUCUAGCUCGAUGUAAUCCCUCACUCGUCUUGAAAUCGCUGCUCCAGCUGCAAGACGGAAUUAGCUUUUGGGUUCAAGACGCGGAUACCAAGUAUAGCAGUAGGCAGUCCUCAAAAGUGUCUGAAGCUGUCAAGGCUUUGUGGAGUCGAAUCUGCGGCUUGCUUUCAGAUAGAGAUUCGUCUGACAACUUGCAACUUGACGCUAUCGAGGAGCUGCUAUGUGCCGCCUUUCUAAGUAAACACAAGGAUAUCGUAAACGCCGUUUCAGCUGUAUGGAAUCAUACUUUUGAACACGCUGAAGAGAUACAGUAUCCGGAGAAGCUUAAGGAGGUACUCGUUUCCAUUCAUUCCUGUGUUGAUAUUGUGCUUCCCGGCUUGGAUCUUUCAUUGUAUGGAUCCGCUGGACCAGAAAUAUCCUUCGUCGAAUCCCAGGAUGAUUUGGAGGUGUCGAAUCCACCCCUAGACAAUGCAAGCCUCCAUCAAACACCUACAACGGAUCGACCGUCUUCGAGGCGAUCUGCCACACCUGAGCCUGUGCGGCUUUCGCUAUCUAGUGAACGCCGGCCCGACAUCACUCCGAAUACCUCUCGGCCAAGAUCGGUUCGACAGGGCACUACUCCUAGACCGCGUCAUGAUGAUUCUCAGAUUCAAUUUGCCCCGAUCGAAUCGUCCUCGCCUAGCCAAGACGUAGCAGAGUCUCAAAUGUUAACAGAUCGUCAAAAAGAAGUCCGUGAGCGGCAACGAGAAAAUGCUGCAAUGUUCCCUCAUAUCCGAUCUAGCGCAGAGAAACGAAAGUCGCCUCAUCCUACAGCUCAACACCAGGAGAAGAAAGAUCUUCAAAGUACAAGGGCCGCCACACCUGAGCGCAGUCGCGAACUUGAAGAUUACGUGUCUUCGACACCGACUCCACGACGUGGUCAAGCUCCCAUCAUUGAUGACCACGAGAUGGUUGAUGACGUCCCAUCUUCGCCACCUGAACCACGCCGAAACCUACUCGAGGAGAUGAGGCCACAGUCUAAGAGUAGCGCCAUGUUCCUAGAAUUCCCGGUAUCAUCCUCGCCUGUGCCCGGAUCCCCAGUGCCAAAACAACAACCGAUAUUUUUCAGCGAAUCUCAUGUAGAGCAAGAAGAUAUGGAAAUUGAUCAAGGUGAUAUGGGAACAUCAGACCAUGAUGAGGAGGAAACACCGAGGGCCAAACCUAAAUCAGAACUUGAUUCUGGAGGUGUACAAUAUAGCGCCCAAGACCAACCCGAUACCCAAGCGCUGACGCCGCGAACGACUCGUUCGAUGGGUAAGGCACUAGGAUCAUCACUCCGAUCUGAACGCGAGGUAUUUGUGGACGCUCUUAGCAGUCAAGUUCCUAGAACACCUCGUACGCUUCGUAGCAAUGCGGCGGCAAAGAAACAGAUCGAGGAAAACACCAUGUCGUCGUCUCAACCUAAAGAUCGCUCUUUCGAACUUAGUGAUGGAGAAGAGCGAAGCUUUGCUCGUCUAGUUGUCGAGCUUGAUUCUAGGAAAUCUGGUUCUCAAUCCAAGACCAGCAAAGAGUCACCGGAGAAACAACGAAGGGCAGAUAAGUCGGAUGUGGAAUCCUUUACAGUUGAUUUAGGAUCAAGAAAAACAAGAAGCCAAUCCAAGAAGGAUGGAGAUUUCCAAUCACCUGUUGCUCCAACCUCAUCUGCAGAGAUAGAAACCCCACGCUCAUCGAGUAAAAGAUCGAAGAGGAAGAGGAAGCGACAGGCGGAGAAAGGUCACGAACCAAACAGCAGCCACAAGAAGCGGAAACAUCGUAAGAAUGCUGAAGCUAAUGCGGAGGUCGAGACCAAAGUGGAAGCAGAAGCAAACACAGAAUCAGUGUAUAACAGCCAUAUCUCCGAAGACGAUACUACAGUUGCAAAUAAGAUUACUGUGGCAGUGGACGGAGGCAUGGAAUUAGACACAGAUAUGUCUUUCAGUGAGGUACAAGAACCCAUAGCUACAGGACCAGUCCAGCAAGACCAGCCAGACUCGUCACCUGUGAGCUUCGACGACAGUCUCAUAGAACGAGAAUCUGAACGUGAGUCUGAUACGGAAGCGGUCAAUCUACAGAUCAUUACCGAAGCAUCUCAACAAUCAGAAUUUGGGCCUACUCCCGCCGAAAUGAUGGAUGAAGAUAUGCAAAUCGUCAACGCAGACGCGGAGGUUGUGGAUCAGGCAGAAGACGCUAAGGAAAUAACAGACACAGUCCAGAGGGUGAUCGAAGAGCCACGUCACGUUGAGGAACCAAUAAUUCAGAAAUCCCAGGCAGAAAUAAUCAUGGAUGCUCUAAAGGGUAGCCUCGAGGGUCUUCGUACGGCAAGGUUGACCCGAGAUGAGGUCAACAAGAUCGAGGAUAUGUUCUUCGAUAUCAAAAAGGAACUAUAUCAGGCAGAGAGCCGAGGCCGACACUAGGUUGUAUGACGGGGAGGUAUAUAUAAAAAUGACUGGAAGGGAAUGACAACUAAUUCCUACCUGUUGGACUGGACCGGUUUAUGACGGGCAUUGGCGUGGAGUUUAAGGCGCGAAGUAGACGACCGGUCUACAUGAAUCGAAUUCAUUUACACUACUUCUAUACUUAUUCUAUUACUUGUCG